AUGGACCCCUCCACACCCUCCCAAUCCAUAGAACACCAGGAACUUCCUCACCAUUCGUCAUCCACAACCGCCGCCGCCGCCGCCGCCGCCGCCGCCGUUACUGCUGCGACGACGGCCUCUUAUUUAAAUAUCGCUUCCUCGCUCGUCGCUCCAAGCACUUUUCUGGCAAACCAUCGUUCUCCUCAAGAUCCAGUCUUCCGUCCGUCGCCAGCACGAGCGGCGCCCAGUACAAUGGACAAACGACAACCACCUAGUUCUUUUCAGCAGCUUGAGAAACUUGGUGAAGGAACCUAUGCUACAGUCUUCAAAGGGCGCAACCGCCAGACUGGCGAGAUGGUCGCGCUGAAGGAAAUCCACCUAGACUCGGAGGAAGGCACACCAUCAACAGCCAUCCGAGAAAUAUCACUCAUGAAAGAAUUAAAGCACGAAAACAUCGUCUCCCUCUACGACGUCAUCCACACAGAGAACAAACUCAUGCUUGUUUUCGAGUUCAUGGACAAGGAUCUAAAACGCUACAUGGACUCACGCGGCGACCGCGGCCAACUAGACUAUGUCACCAUUAAAUCCUUCAUGCAGCAGCUGCUCCGCGGCAUCGCAUUUUGCCACGAAAACAGGGUCCUCCACCGCGAUCUCAAGCCGCAGAACCUCCUCAUCAACACCAAGGGCCAGCUGAAACUGGGUGAUUUUGGCCUGGCGCGCGCCUUUGGAAUACCCGUAAAUACCUUUUCCAAUGAAGUCGUCACCCUCUGGUACCGUGCCCCAGAUGUUCUCCUGGGUAGCAGGACAUACAACACCAGCAUCGACAUCUGGUCCGCCGGCUGCAUCAUGGCAGAAAUGUAUACAGGCCGCCCCCUAUUCCCCGGCACAACGAACGAGGACCAAUUGCAAAAGAUCUUCCGUCUAAUGGGCACUCCCUCCGAGCGCUCGUGGCCCGGUAUCUCCAAUUUCCCUGAGUACAAACCCAACUUCCAGGUCUAUGCGACACAGGAUCUCCGCCUAAUCUUACCACAGAUCGACCAGUUGGGAUUGGACUUGUUGAGUCGCAUGUUGCAGCUUCGGCCGGAAAUGCGCAUCAGUGCUGCUGAUGCGCUGCGCCAUCGCUGGUUUCAGGAUUUGAACCAGCUACAGGCUCAGAAAUCCGCGCAACAACAGCAGCAGAUGUCGGCUGGUGGGUACGGGGCAUCAGGACUUGUUUCGCAAAGCGGCUAUUGA